UUAAAUCAUAAAAGAGUAAAAAUAUUACUCCAUGUGUAUCAUAAUUUAUAAGGAUACACACUUUUGACCAUAGAUAAGAGAUCUGUUAUGGUCAUAAUUCACUGAAUCCAUGAACAGGUGAAAAACUAAAUCCAUCAAAAACCAAACCACACAACACAACAAAUCCUCCAAACUCAACAACCCCAUAAUUCCUUAACCUCUCUCUAUAAAUAAACACACAUACUUCCCCAUCCCUAUUUGAGCAUCAUCAUGGCUAGACACAUCUCCCUGAGAAACCACCAACUCAGCAUUUCACACUUGGGAUUUGGAGUUGCUAGUCUCAUCCUGUGUGCAUUGACUCUCUUCAUGUGUGCCAGCCACUCGCACAGGCGAUGGCGCAGGUGGAGAUCUUGCUACGGCUAUGGGAGCCACGAUCCCGUCAUCCAACUCAACCACGAAGAGAUCAUGGAUUACCAGUUAGAAGGAGAUGUGGAGCCGAGCGGUGAAGGCAGUCUGUGGAAGAAGAAUAUAAUGAUGGGAGGAAAGUGUCAGCUCCCCGACUUCUCCGGUGUGAUUAUCUACGACUCCACAGGGACCGUUGUCACCCCUGCCAUAAACCAGACAGCUCUUCCUGCACUUACAUGGAGAUGAUGGAGAUUCCUACAGCUGUUUUCUUGUAAAUCAAGAUUAAUUUCUCCUGUAAUCUCAAUGGAAAAUUUCUAUUCAUCAUAAGGGCUUGACUGUGCAGCACAGCACAAUGGCCAAUAUAAACAUCUCAUCAACCCUUUCACAAA